AUGUGGCCGCUGCCAGCCGUAGCCGCGGCCUGCGUGUGCGCGCUCGCGGCCGCGGCGCUGUGGUUGCUGCGCCGGCCGCUGCGGCGCUGGCGGCGCCUCGUCGCCUUCUCCGCGCAGCUGGCGGGCCCUGCGCUGCCGCGGCUCUCUCUGGGCGAGGACACGCUGGCGGCGUUCGCGGACGCCUGCCGCCGCUACGGCACGCCCUGCAGGGUGUGGGUGGGUGCGCGGCUGUACGUGCUGCUGAGCGACCCGGAGCACGCGGCGGCCGUGCUGGGAGGCGGCGGGGGCGGCGGGGGCGGCUUCCACGAGAGGGCCGGCCUCCGCCAGUGGGACGCCCUGCGGCCCUUCACAGGGCGCGGACUCGCCACCGCGGCAGCGGGGGAGGGCUGGAGCCGCAGGCGCAGGCUGGUGGAGCAGACGCUGACGCCGCAGUGGGUGCAGUCGCAGAGCGGCUGGCUGCGCCGGGUGGCGGACCGGCUGGUGGCAGCCCUGCAGCACGUGGCGCCCCCUGCGGAGCAGCAGGUGCAGCAGCUGCAGGUGCUGAAGGAGCUGCGCGCCUGCACGCUGGACGCCCUGGCCGGGUCGCUGCUGGGACAGCAGGCGCGCGCCACGGGCCGCCCGCCGGCUGGCUUCCCCCACCACUUCCUGCAGGCCGCGCAGCUGAUAGACCAGCAGGCCGGCCGCCAGCCGGCGCUGCUGUCGCCUCUGCCGCUGCUGUCUCUGGCGGGCGGCGGGCAGGCCGGUCCGCGGCUGGUGCGCCAGCUGCGAGGCUACAUCGACGCGGCCGUCGACACCGCGGCGCACAGCUCGACCCGCGGCCAGGAGCGUCACAUCGCGCUCAGCUGGGAGCGCGCAGCCGACAGCGGCGACGACCCGGACAGGCUGCCCGGGUCGGUGCUGGAGCAGCUGCUGGCCGCGACCGAGGACCGCCGGCUGGUGAGCGAGGAGCUGGCCUCGCUGCUGCUGGUGGGCCAGCCCGCCACAGAGGCGGCGCUCUGCUUCACCCUGCAGCUGCUGGCGCUACACCCGCAGGUGCAGACGGCGGCGGCGCGGGACGAGCAGCUGCUGCGGCGCGCCGUGCUGGAGUCGCUGCGGCUGUUCCCGGUGCAGCCGCUGCUGGCCCGCCAGCUGUCUGAGGACGUGAAGCUGCCGCUGGCAGGUGGCCGCGGGCAGCUGCUGCUGCCCCUGGGCUGCACCGCCGUCGUCUGCUCGCCGCUCACACACCGCGAUCCCGAGCACUGGCCCGACCCGGACGCCUUCCAGCCCGACAGGUUCCUGGAGGAGCGCGAGGCGCGCAUGCACCCGUUCGCCUACCUGGCGUUCGGCGGCGGCGCGCGGCGCUGUCCCGGCAGCGAGCUGUCGCUGCAGCUGCUGUGCGCCACGCUGUCUCGCCUGCUGUCCGCCUUCCGCGUCGCCGCCGCGGGCGACAGCCGCGACCACCUGCAGGACCUGCGCCUGCGCGCCGUGCUGUCCCCGCGGCAGGGCUUCCAGCUGCAGCUGCUGCCCAGGACCUGACCGCAGCCAGUGGCGGCCCCACUCCGCUGCCACUGGGCUGUCGCUGUAGCACAACCCGACAGUUUCCAGCUUCGCUCGUUCUCGAGUGUGUGGUAGAAGUGGUUACGUCAGCCUCAUAAGCUGUAAAAGACAAAAGCCACACGCCGUACACAGUUAUUUGUAGUUUGAACGUCAACGUACACGACCUCGAAACAGAAAGCUCCAAAUUUCCUCGUGCACACUUACGGGGGAUAUUCAAUAAGUAAUGGAACACAAUUUUUUCUCAUUGCAGGCUGGUUUUAUCCAGGAUUAUUCCCCACUCUUUUGGCUUCAAGACCCUUUUUUUUUCAGUGUUAUCUCCGUUCAAUACGACUGCCUUAUGCCACUUUACUGGGAGAGCUGGUCUGCUGAUGUGAUGUCACUCUGCUGGUCAUGUCAGAGCCAAUGUCUUGCUGCAUCAGUAAGUUCCCCAUCACCAAAGGUGUGCUCCCUUCAGAGUGGUCAAACAGAUGGAGCUUGGAAGAUGCAAGAUCUGGGCUACAUGCUGAUCAGGAAGAACAGAUCAUUGAAGGUCUGUGCAUUCCUCUCGGGUGCCCAGACUUGCAUGAGGCCUUCCAUUGUCAUGAACAACAAGUUCGUUUGUAUUUUUGUGGUGACAAACAUGCUGAAGUCGUUUCUUCAAUUCCCUCGGGGAAGCACAAACCUUUAAGUACCCCAAAUGGUGCACGAACGUGUCAGCACUACCAACAGUGCGUCCAGUUGAGCCUGAGGUGUUUGAUCGUGAUCUGUGCAUCACAUCCAAUGAGAGUGUCUGCAAAUUCCAUCAUUGCAGAAGUCACACCUGUGUUCAGCUGGCAAGCAUACGGGAGAUCAGACACGUUCGCACGACACCGGUACGAUGACGGGAGACCCCUCGUCCAACAACUCACCGUGCUUUUGUUCACUGCCAGGUCUCCGUAGACAUUCUCCGAGCGCUACGAGUAUCUCCGAUAGUCUUGUUUUCCUCCAAAAGGAACUCGGUGACAGCCCUGUGCUUGGAACGCACCUCCAUUAGAGACGACAUUUUGAAGACUGUGUAUAGCGCCGCCAUGUGUCAGAACUUUAUGAAACUAUAGGGGCAGAAGCGAGAAUAUUGCACGGCGUCCCACAACAAAUUCCACAUUUUUCGAAUCGAAACGACGAGGAAACAAAUGUGCUGCAUAACGUAUUGAACGCCCUCCGUGUAAACGUAUUGCAGAACUGCAAACAGCCCUGCGUAUGUGUAGUUUCUGGAUUCCUGGUCUGAGGUCUUGUACAUUGACAACCAUGCUAUGUAUGACCGUAUGUAGCACACCACUUUUGUUUUAUACAACUUGUGAGAAUGAUGUGUCCACAUCUAUUAUAUUAGUGCUUGAUGAAUCACCAUUUCAAAUCAAUGCUGUGCUGGAAACAAUAUGAUUCUUCGAAAGACAUACGGCUUUGUGACGGUAGCAUGUGGGGAAAACUAUGCCAGAAGAAUCCACAGAAGAAGAGUAAACUGACAUGAUUACAGUUGCGACAGCUGUCCACAGAGAAAUAUUUCCUUUAUUACAACAACACAUAACAGUUCAUUGUUACUGAAAAUAAAAAUACAUUAUCCAGCCUC